AUGAAUCCGAUGGGUGGACCAGCUGCUGCGCCGCCUCUUUGGCAGGAGGCGCGCAAUGCUGAUGGACGAGUGUAUUAUUACAAUGUUCAGACGAAAGCGACGCAGUGGAAUAAGCCCGUCGAGCUGAUGACUCCUGUCGAGCGCGCUCUAUCGAACCAGCCAUGGAAAGAAUAUACUGCUGAGGGUGGACGGAAAUACUGGUACAACACGGAAACAAAGCAAAGCACUUGGGAGAUGCCAGAUGUUUACAAAAAUGCUUUGGCACAGGUCCAACCAUCCCAGCCUCCACCUGUAGCGCCCUCUGUUUGCCACUUACUGAUCGAUUUUGCUACGCGCAGGGCCCCAACCUUCGUCGCCGGCGGAGUCAGUUCCUUUCCUUCUCAUCCACAACGGGAUCGCGAUGAAUACGAUCGCGGCUUUAACGACCGGCGCGGUGGCUACGGCUCGAUGGAUACCAAUGGGAUUGUUGCGGCUCCGGUGCUGGGCAAUGCAGAGCCAGAGUAUGGUUCCCUCGAGGAAGCUGAGAACGCUUUCAUGAAGAUGCUCAAGCGCCACAACGUUCAGGCUGACUGGUCGUGGGAGCAAACGAUGCGCGUAACCAUCAAAGACCCUCAGUAUCGCGCUCUGAGAGAUCCCAGAGACCGCAAGGCAGCCUUUGAGAAGUACGCGGCCGAACUUCGCAUGCAAGAGAAGGAUCGGGCCAAAGAAAGAUUUGCUAAGCUCAGAGCAGACUUCAACACCAUGCUGAAAAGCCAUCCUGAGAUCAAGCACUAUAGCCGCUGGAAGACUAUCCGCCCGAUCAUUGAAGGUGAGACCAUCUUCAGGUCCACCAACGAUGAGAACGAGAGACGGCAGCUGUUCGAGGAGUAUAUCCUUGAACUGAAGAAGGAGCACGUGGAGCGGGAAGCUUCUCAGCGGAAAGCCGCACUGGAUGAGCUGGUCAAUAUUCUCAACUCCUUAAGUCUGGAACCAUACACCCGUUGGUCUGAAGCACAGGCGAUCAUCCAAUCCAACGACAAGAUCCAGAGUGACGAUAAGUUCAAAUCCCUGAGCAAGUCAGACAUUUUGACUGCCUUUGAAAACCACAUCAAGUCCCUUGAGCGCGCAUUCAAUGAUGCACGUCAACAGCAGAAAGCCGCAAAGGCGAGAAAAGAGCGCCGUGCUCGCGAGCAGUACAUUGAACUGUUGAAAGAGAUGAAGGCUCAGGGCAAGAUCAAGGCUGGCAGCAAGUGGAUGGAUAUCUACCCGUUGAUUCAUGAAGAUCCACGCUACCUUGGAAUGCUCGGUAACGCGGGUUCCACUCCCCUGGACCUGUUGUGGGAUAUGGUGGAGGAGGAGGAGCGGUCGUUGCGGGAGCCACGUAACGAUGUUCUGGAUGUUCUCGAAGACAAACGCUACGAGAUCACGGCCAAGACAACUUUCGAGGAGUUCAACUCAAUUGUGUCUGCGGAUCGCCGGACGGCGAACAUCAACUCGGACAUCCUCCACCUCCUCUUUGAUCGUAUCAAGGAGAAAGCCAUUCGACGAAGCGAGGAGGAGAAACAUGCAGCGGACCGCCAUCAGCGACGGGCCAUGGAUGCCUUACGCUCCCGGUUGAAGCGUCUGGAACCACCUGUGCGCGCAACCGACACCUGGGACCAAGUGCGGCCGAGAGUCGAAAGACUGGAGGAAUACAAGGCGAUUGAGUCGGACGAACUUCGUCAAGUGGCCUUUGACAAGUUCAUCCGCCGCCUGAAGGAAAAGGAAGAGGACGUAGACAGGGAGCGCGAUCCUCGUGACCGAGACCGCGGCAGCCGGCGAGACCACCACGAUCGCGCGGACCGCGACCACCGCCGAGGCGAACGGCGAGGCCCCCCCAGUCGUCUCAGCCGCACUCCUGAGCCCGACGCUUACGAAGCAGACCGCCGCAAAGCCCAGGCUGAUCGGGAACGGUCCUACAGGAAGGUGAGCGGCUUGUCGCCCGUCCGCGAGAAGCGUGACGAGCGAGACAACCGCGACAGGGACCGCGAGAGGGAGCGGGACCGCGACCGCUACCGCGACCGGGUUGAUCGGGACUGGGAUCGGGAGCGCACGCCUCGCCCACUGGCCCACUACGACCGUGAGCGUCGGGACCGCGAGGAGGAGCGCGAGCGACUCUACCGUACGCGCGGUGAUCCUCGCGGAGGCCGGGACGAGCUGGACUACGGUGGCGACACGCGCAGCACGACCAGCAAUGACCGCCGCCGACGCCGCGACAGCGACACGGAAAGCGUCGCUAGUCGCUCGGCGAAACGCCACCGGCGUGAAAGUCGUGAGCGGGAACGCAGCCGGGGCGCUAAAAGGGAGCGGCGCGAGCCCAGUACUAUCCCAGAAGAGCCAAAGGCUGAGGACAAGGCUGUGCAUUCUGGCAGUGAGGAGGGGGAGAUUGAGGAGGACUAG